AUGAGAGCCCCGUUCUUGCGGCCUCGUGGGCGCAGCGACCUUGUACGAAUCUUGGCCUUGCCAGACUCCUUGCAUUCGGUUAUUCCUCUGAUCUCGUCUCGGACAAUAUCGACAGCAUCGCCAUCCUUCCGCUCGACAAUCCUACUCGUUCGUCCGCCUUCAAUCUCUACCAGACGAUAUUAUAGUAGAGACCCACUUCAAGCCGAACACGAGGCCAACACAGUUCGAGGCAAUCGUGCGGCACGAAGCCGUGCCGAGGAACAGGCGCGAGAGCACCAACAGGAAAAGCAAAAGGGCAAUCAAGGCUCUUACAAGCAAAAAGUUUUCAGAUCAUGGUCUGGUACACCGAUCAAGUGGUACCCCAUACCCAUCCUCCUCGGUGCUGUGGUGCUGGUCGGCGUGCAAGCGCGUAGAAGCUAUGUCGCAGAGCAGAACGGUAAGGGUGUUGGGACCAAGAUCGUCGAUGAGAAUGGUCAAGUUGUCAAGAUGCAAGGCCCUUGGACCGUGUAUGUCAUUGGUGCGCUUCCUCUGAAUGCCAUCUCUCGCGCUUGGGGUUGGGCGAACAACCUUACACUGCCUGUCUGGUUUCGACCGUUUGGGUUCAAGCUGUACGCCUCCAUCUUUGGCUGCAACCUGGACGAGAUGAAGGAUCCUGAUCUUACGCACUACAGGAGUUUGGGCGAGUUCUUUUAUCGAGAGCUCAAAGAAGGCGCGCGUCCAGUCGACGACAGCAUCCUCGUCUCACCCGCCGAUGGAAAGGUAUUGCACUUCGGUGAGAUCGCUGGUCGACGUGUUGAGCAGGUCAAAGGCAUCACAUAUUCCCUCGAUGCUCUUCUCGGAGUCACAAGCUCUCCAGAAGCUACCGAGAAAGUGAUUGGCAACUCGCAAGAUGACUCGGAUCAUGAACACCUUGAUGACCGCCAAUUUGCUUCCGUCAACGGAAUUGACUAUUCGCUUGAUGAGCUUCUCGGCGACGAAAAGAGCAAGUCGGCAUUGCCCGAUCAGAAUGAGACACCCAAGCGCAAGGCCUUCUGGAAGAAGUUCGUCAAGGCAUCCUACUGGAAAUCGUGGAUAAAGCGUUCGCCAGCGCAGGGUUCAAACACGACUGGCAUCCCGGCUGCUGGUGACGAAAGCGGCUCGGACGAAAGCUACGACGAGGCGCAUGACGAUAACGACGAAGACGACGUUCAGCGCAAGGACGAGGCUGCACUGAUCAAGAAACCAACGCAGAUAGACGAUGCGGGUAUGCCCGAACCCGACACACCCGAAGUGCUUGGCCGCUACGCCAAUGUGGCGUACGAAAUGGGUGUGGGAGCACUCCCGCCGCUUCUGCAGCCUCACUCGCAUGGCCAGAAAGGUGUCAAAGAGGGAAAUAAGCUCUUCUUCUGCGUGAUCUAUCUUGCUCCCGGAGAUUACCAUCGCUUCCACAGCCCUACCAACUGGGUAGCUGAGCGUCGUCGCCACUUCCGGGGCGAGCUGUACUCUGUGUCGCCGUACAUGGCGCGUCGUCUCUCGAAUCUGUUUGUGCUCAACGAGCGCGUCGCUCUACUCGGUCGAUGGAGGCACGGCUUCUUCGGCAUGGUACCCGUCGGCGCCACCAAUGUUGGUUCGAUCCGCAUCAACUUUGACAAGGCACUGCGCACCAACGUGCGCAUGCAGCGCUACCUCGCCGGCACCUACUCGGAAGCGUCUUACUCGGGCGCGAGCAAGUUGCUCGGAGGUCAGCCUCUGGCGGCGGGAGACGAGAUGGGCGGGUUCCUGCUCGGCUCCACCAUUGUGCUCGUCUUUGAAGCUCCCAAUGAGUUCCGCUUCGACCUCAAGCCCGACCAAAAGGUCAAGGUGGGCCAACGACUAGGUGACGUCCGACAACCUUCUACCGAAGAGUCAGAGGAAAAGAAGAACGGUCGUCAAGUUUAA